GUCUCGGCCACUACUCCCGUUAAAGUACUCAUCACCGGUGCUGCUGGCCAGAUCGGCUACAAUCUGGCUGGAAUGGUCGCUCGAGGCGAUAUGCUUGGUCCAAAUCAGCUUAUUCUCCACUUGUUCGACAUUCCGCCUAUGAUGAACUCGUUACAUGGUUUACAAAUGGAAUUGGAGGACUGCGCGUUCCCACUGGUGCGUGAAAUAGUCAUCACCGACAAAGCAGAAGUUGCUUUUGAUGAUAUCGAUAUAGCGUUGAUGGUUGGUGCGAUGCCACGAAAAGAGGGAAUGGAGAGGAAAGAUUUGCUACAAGCCAAUGCGAACAUCUUCAAAGAACAAGGAAAAAUUUUGGACGCUAAGGCGAAGAAGACAGUGAAGGUUAUCGUGNGGAAUCCAGCGAACACUAACGCGUUGAUUAUGAUGAAAAACGCUCCAAACAUCCCCAAAGAAAACUUCUCGGCCAUGACCCGCCUUGACCACAAUCGAGCUACCGCUCAGCGACUGAAAAUCCCUUGCACAGCGGUGAAAAACUGCAUUGUUUGGGGUAAUCACAGCGCCACUCAAUUCCCCGAUGUCGCUCAUGCCGUUGCCCACGUCGGAGGUAAGGAUGUGAAAGUGUGGGAGGCUGUUAAAGACGAGGAGUGGAUAAAGAACGAGUUUCUAACUACCGUCCAGAAACGUGGUGCUGCUGUAAUCGCUGCCAGAAAGUUGAGCAGUGCAAUGUCCGCGGCCAAGGCCAUUGUCGACCAUAUUCACGAUUGGUGGUAUGGUACGAAGCCGGGUGAGUGGGUUUCUAUGUCCGUAUACAGCGAUGGCUCUUACGGCGCCCCCGAGGACAUUUUCUUCAGCUUCCCCGUGGAAAUCAAAGACAAGAAAUGGACAAUUGUCAAGAACCUUCCUAUGUGCGAUUGGGGUAAAUCGAAAUUCAAGAUUACCGCCGAGGAAUUACUGGAGGAACGGAAGGCUGCUCUUGGACACUAA